AUGCGAAGCGAGAGGCAGUCGCGUUCGAAAACAGGAUGUCUACAAUGUCGACAAAAGCAUAACAAGUGCGAGGAGCAACAUCCAACAUGCUCCUUUUGUGCUUCAAGAAAUGUAAAAUGCACAUAUCCGUCGGGGUUGAAGUGGGCUCAGCCCACGAAGUCAAUGGAAACAAGGCACAAGCCUCGUACUAAACAUCCUCGAGUCGAGGAACAAAGCUUGAUCAAACAACCGUCCGCACUCUUCACAAGUACACAUUUUGAAUCGGCGGAAGAGAAGUCAGCGUGGGAAUAUUAUGUGAGGAUGGUCUCGACAAAUGUCCCAGCUUUGGACGGCCCAGAGAACCCCUACCGCCAGCUUUCAAUACCGGCAUUGUCAUCACCAAUCCUCCUCGAGACCAUCGUCUGCAUAUCAACCGAACAUAUGCUGAACUUCGGUCUCGCAAGCGUUGACCUCGCAGCCAAGCGCCAACAAAGAAUGUUGAGAACCCUUGGCCAAAAGCUCCUGAGCCUCGACAGCACCCCGAGCUCAGAAACGAUCGUGAUCGAGAAGUCUGAACGAGAGGCCCUUCUAAUAGCCGUCGUCCUUCAAGGAAUCGUAGUGGCGCAAUCCGCAGACGGUGUGCUAGAGCCGCACGUCAAAUGCGCAUCCUGGCUCAUGCAAGCACUCGGCUACUUCGAGUCCAUACCACAGAAUCCGAUCGCGCGAAUGGCCAUCCAGCGCUAUGGAAUGGUUGAUGUGAUGCUCGCUAUUUCACGCCAGCGCAGACCGUACGCGCCCCAAAAUUUCAUCCUCAGCCAACCCGAUCAACAUCACUGGGAUGAAACCGAGCCAUCGUUUCAUAAAAUGACGGGGUGUCCACAGCCACUGAUGUGUUUCCUCGUCCGGAUCGCACACUUGGCAUGCGACGUUACCGAGCGUCCCGGCGGGGAGGUUCUCAGCGAAGCUUUUCAACUGGACACCGAGCUUCGGGCGUGGGGUUCUCGAUAUACGGGGACUCUACCCGCGAGGUGCGAUCGCACGCUGUUGGAUAUUUUGACGGAAUGCUUCUACUGGACUGCACAUCUUUUGCUGGCGCGUCGUGUCUUUCAAGAUCAAACGUGCUCACCGCGUGUCCAAUAUCUGGUGCAUGUGUGUUUUCGUUUGAUGGAUCACCUUGCUACAGGGUGUGGGCCUGAUUCCUCCCUUCCGCAGCCCUUCUAUCUUGCUGCACGGGAGGCUGUGUCGGCCGAAGAUCGGGUCUGGGUUCGACAAAAGCAUGAAUCUAUGACGGCAUUUUAUCGUGAACAACAGCGUAAUGCAGCCAUGGUGUUGAUUGAACGGAUCUGGGAGACGACUGAUGCGCUCAGGCAGUUGGAGCGUGGGUCUGUGAAGUUGAAAGAGGGGGUAUCUCUCGUCGAUGGCGCCAUUCAGACGCUUGAUCGAGAGGCGAAUUUCUUCAUAUUCUAA